AUGCUAGUGUCGGAGGAUACACUGCCCAAGUUAACGGAGGAGAACACACACUUGCAAAAGAACGUGUCCAAGCUCACAUCGCAGCUCGAGGAGGCUGAGUCACGGCUAGAGUCAGAGAGGGCGGCGCGCAAGGAGCUAGAGGAUGACCUAGAAUCCAAGGUCAAGGAGGUGGAGGAGUCGUGGACGGCGGUUCUCGAGGAGAAGAAGGACAACUGGGCGUCCAAGGAAAAGGCGCUUGAGGAGAAAGUGGAGAGCCAGGAGCGACUGAUUAGCGAGAUCAAGGCCAGCCACGAGGUCAACGCGCGCCUAGGCCGCACGGCCGAGGACGAUAGCGAGCAGGCGAACCACGUCACGGCGGCCGAGGUGGAGAUGCUCAACUCGGAUCUGGAGCGGACAAGCGCAAGGUUGGCCGAGGUGGAGGCUCGAAACGAGCAACUGCGAAUCGACCUGGCGCACAACAAGUCUCAAGCGACAACGCAGGCGGCGUCGUUGGAAGACGACCCGGGAUACAUGCGGAUGCGAACGGAGAAUAGGGCCCUCCUGCGCAAGCUUGACGCGGCAAGGGUGGAGAGGGAGGGCAUCCGGCGGGAGCUUGACGGCAAGGUCAAGACGCUGGAGCGGGAGUCGGGCCGUCUCAAGGAGGAGAGGGACUCGCUCAAGACCAAGGUGCAAAAGUGGAGCGACUACGAAAACGUGAAGCAGGAGCUCGAGGUGCUCAAGAGCAUCGAGUUCUCAACGGGCGACGACGAUGAACCAGGGGGCGACACUUUGGAAAGGUUGUUACUGGCGAGGAACAAGAAGCUCGGAGACGAGCUCACGAUCCUUCGGGUGUCGCAUCAGGACCUCCAGGGGCGCCUGCAGGGCCUGCAGGAAGAGCUUUCGAGGACGAACGGCGAGCUGGACAAAGCACAGCGGCUCAACGAGAAGCUGGAAGACGACUUGGCCAACAUGCAGGCAGAGGCGCCCAACGCCUUCCCGUCGGGAGCGUCGGUAGCGGGCACGUACCGUGAUCGGUUCAAGAAGCGCAAUGCGGAACUGGAGCAGGAGCUCUCGGAUACGCACCGCAGCGUAUCGCAGCUGCGGCAGGAGAUUGCAGCGCUGCAAAAGGACAACCUGAACCUGUACGAGAAGACGCGGUACAUUUCCACGUACAAUCGCGGGAGCGGGGAAGCGGCAGCACGGAUGACGAGCCCGAACCCGUCGACGAUUGCGAUGGGGAUCCCGCUUGACCGGUACCGCAGGGCGUACGAGUCCAACAUCUCGCCGUUUGCGGCGUUCCGGGGCCGGGAGUCGGCGCGGGCGUACAAGCGCAUGAGCCUCCCGGAGCGGGUGGUGUACUCGGUGACGCGCAUGGUGCUGGCGUCACGGACGAGCCGCAACCUCUUUGCGGCGUACUGCGUGGCGCUGCACGUGCUCGUGUUCCUCUCGCUAUACUGGAUGGGGGCAGACGACGUGGACAAGCACGCGAGCAACCUGGGUCAGGCGGCGGCGGCGGCCGGGGUCGCGGGCAAGGUGGCAGAGGCGGCGGCAGCGGCAGCAGCGGGGGCAAGGGGAGUGGCAUGA